GAAAUCAUGUGACCAAAUCGUCACUAUUAAUUUCACUGUCAUCAGUCGGAAAAGACUGAGAAAUGACGAAAUUUAAUGAAACUUGAAAUAAGUGACGUGUCGGAAACUGGUUGAACAAAUGUUUAAGACUGAAAGUAAAGUGCAAUUCCGUGUAAGGGGGUCGAAUCAAAGGAUUGAUCACACUUCUGCGGGCGCACAGGAGAAGCAGGAAACCAGAAGUAAAAUAUUCGGUUGCAGUAACUUGUCAACCGGAGCUACAGGGCCGCUCAAAGGCGAUUAAUAAAAGGGACACAAAUAUAGGCUUGGAAGUAUAUGCAUUAUGCAGUCAGAAUGAACAACGUAAGGUGUGACUCUAAGCGACCGUUACAAUGAGGAGCAGGCAGAGGGGUGGGGCGAACCUGGGCCUGCUGCUGCUGGCCUCUCAGAUCUUCCAGAUGGGCGUGAACAACAUCCCCCCUGUGACUCUGGCGACGCUGGGGCUCAACGUCUACCUGUUCCUGGCGCCCCUGGCGCCGCUGAUGCAGGCGUGCAUCAGCGUGCAGACGUGCUGGGGCAGGGACUGGCGCCGCCUGCUGCUGGCCCCCCUGCACCACGCCGAUGACUGGCACCUGUACUACAACAUGGUGUCCCUGCUGUGGAAGGGCUCCCGGCUGGAGCGGCGGCUGGGCGGGGCCUGGUUCGCCUACCUGCUGUCCGUCUUCUCCCUGCUCACGGGCGUGGCCUACCUGCUGCUGGAGCGGGGGCUGGCCGAGCUGACCCACGACCCCUCCUACGACAUGCAGUGCGCCGUGGGGUUUUCAGGAGUGCUGUUCGGUUUAAAGGUGGUGAACAACUAUUACUACCCUGGAGGAGCCACCAACGUGAUGGGCUUCCCAGUGGCCAAUAGAUAUGCCUGCUGGGCGGAGCUGAUCCUAAUUCAUGUGAUGUCACCAGGGACCUCAUUUGUGGGACAUCUGGCUGGUAUCCUUGUGGGGCUUCUCUACACCACAGGUCCUCUGAAGUCUGUCAUGGAAACAUGUGCAGGGGUUUUGACAUCCAAUGGAUACAGUGCAGGACAAAGAAACUACUACAGUUCCUCAGGAUACAGUGGUUAUGGUGGGACACGUUCAAAUUACCCCUACCCCCAGAAUGAGUCCCCCAGGACCCACACUUCCCGCCCGGGGUUCCACCCCUAUGCCACUGGCCUAUCAGAGGAGGAGGAGUAUGAGGCUGCAAUCAGGGCCAGCCUGAGAGACAGAGGGGGCGCUGCUCACGAAAGCCCAGCCUAUGGGUUUAAUAUCCCACAACAGCCAGAUGUUUUGGAGGAGGUUCGACAGCGCAGACUGCAGAGGUUUGACCGCUGAGGAGGCUCGCUAGAGGGCGAGUAGUCUCCCCUGAGGAGUGCUCGGGAUGAGAUUGGGCGAUGAAGGGUUAACUCUGCGGACUUGGGUGGCAUGAGUCCCUUCUCCUCCGCUUGAACUACAGCCAAAAUGUGUCUGUUUACAAAUCUGGAAGUAGUACGAAGAUCAGUCUUCAUCAGACUGCCUUCACAUCCAGCUAAGUGCUGAGUAUCUUAUACUCUGAUAGGCUUUCACACAAUUCAUUGGCCCCAGCUUUUUAAACCAUACAGUUUUCUCUUAACAUGGUUUGCCCGCUUUGCAAAUCAGUGGCCAUUUUUAAUGGAAUGAAAGUAAACCUGGUCAGGAGUGGACGGACUCCUGCUCAACAUCGGUGGACUGAGCCAUAGGAAACAGCUUCGUUUUGACUGAAAGGACGCUGCUUGGUCAUUGAACAGGUUAUUGUUUAUUGUAUUUCCUAAGCUGAUUACAAAAAUAUAUUGUGAUUAAAAAAGUAUAUUUCAGUAUGUCCUACAACAUGUUGGAUUUGUAAUACAUUUAUGUAUUUGUACAUAUAUUCAUUUAUUUUUUUGUAAAAUAAAAAUGUAUUUUUCUUUUUUGUUAUAAGGUAUAUAAAGAUUUGCUGAACUAUUCAUAAGGAUUUUACAGAAUCCUCAAAGACAAUGUUAAAUACUCUUCAUAUA